AUGGCUCAAAUGAAAGCACUGGUAACAAUUGAGGGCAAGACAGCGGGCGUACAGGAUGUGGCGCGCCCCCAGCCCUCGGCGGGCGAGAUCCUGGUGAAAGUGCAUUACGUGGCACAGAACCCUACGGACUGGAAGGCCGUUUCCGCGGUGCCCGCUGGACGCAUCAUCGGCUGUGACUUCGCAGGGACGGUCGAAGACAGCAACGGGUCAGCAUGGCGGCCAGGCCAGCGCGUCGCGGGCUUCGUGCAGGGCACGACGGUGUCGCCGACGCGGGGCGCAUUCGCCGAGUACGUCGUGCUUGAGAGCAGCUUGGUCUACGAGAUUCCGGAGGGGACGUCGUUCCAGGAAGCGGCGGUGAUGCCGCUGGCGUUCGCCACGGCCGUGCAGGCCCUGUUCCAGCGGCUGGCGCUCCCGGAGCCGGCGGAGCCCACGAAGGGUCCCGUCCCGCUGCUCGUCAAUGGCGGCGCGUCCAGCGUGGGCCAGUACGCAAUCCAGCUGGGCAAGCUGGCGGGCCUGCACGUGGUCGCGACCGGGUCGAAGAAGAACCACGAGCUGCUGAAGUCCCUCGGCGCAGAUGCUGUCGUGGAUUACACCGACGCAGACUGGCCCGGGCAGGUGCGAGGCCUUACGCACAACGGCCUGCGGCAUGCCUUCGACUGCAUUGCGGAGAAAGGCACGGUGCAAGCCGUCGCGAAGGCCCUGAGCCCAGGGGAGGGAGGACAUGUGGUGACGCUUCUCCCCGUCGGGCACCUGCGCGACUCUGGAGAGUUCGACAACUCAAAGGUCCGGCUGGAGAGCACGAUCGUCUACACCGUCUUCGAGCGCCCGCUCAAGUACAAGGCGUUCGACAACUGUGGGCCGGCGACGCCGCAGGACAAGGCUGUCUGGGAGAAGUACCUGGGCCUGUUGCCGGAGCUGCUCUCUUCCGCGAAAAUCAAGCCCAACCCUGUCAGUGAAAAGGGUGGCAUCGGCAAUAUCUUGACCGGAUUCAAGGAGCAGCAGGACGGCAGAGUCAGCGCGGAGAAGUUUGUCUAUCAGAUCGUCUAG